AUGGCUUCCGUUAAGCAAGGUGUCUCUGCAUCAGCACUCAAGUUCACCUAUGACUGUUAUCUCCCAGCUUCACAGCCACUUCGCAAGCCCCAGGGACCUUUGCCGUUACAGACGACCCCUGAGGCCAACCUUGAAUGGGCAUCAGUCUUUGUCGAGCACGCUGGCCACCUCAUCAAGGCUCGUGAACAGGACCAUGAGAAGCUUGCCAACAACUAUCACUCUGCAAAGCACACUAUUGAGAAUCAAAACGCCGACAUCAAGAAGCUCACGAAAGACAACAAGGACUUGCAUGAUAAGAUCGAGCGUCUUCAAGCAGACCUGGCUUGUGAAACAAGCGCUCACAAGAGGGUCCAUGUCGAAUUCGAUGCUUUCAAAGCCGAGGCGAAGAAAGAAAGAGAGGCCCUCACUAAGGAACUGGCCGCUACGAGAAAGGAAGUGAUGGAUGGCAAAGCUCAUGACGUCCUAGACGAAAAGGCUCUCGAAAAUCUUCGCAAAUCCAACCAAAAAGAACGUGAGAAGAACGCGGCGCUCCAAGCGGAGCGCGAUGAGAAGAUCAAGCAACUGCUCAAGACGAAAGCAGAUCUUGAAGCCGCGGAGAAUGCACAAAAGGUUGCUGGCAAGAAAAUCGAUACAUUGAAUGGAGAGAUCACCCAUCUCAAGCAGGAUGUGAAGUACCGGGACAUAAAGAUCGAAAACUGCGAGUCGGACCUUGCCGCCAAGAAGGCUGAACUUUCCAAAGUUGAGGAAGAGCUUUCCGCCUCUCGAGGACAAGUCACAGGCCUAACCGAUUCACUUGCCAAGCAAGCGAAAACAAUCGAGGACAUUGAGACACAACUCAAGAACCAGAAAAUAGUGAACACUAAACUGCAAGCCAAGAAUGACAAAUAUGCCCAGCAUAUCGAAGAAGACAAGAAGAAGCUUGCCAAGCGCAUUGAAGAAGACGAGAGACGGAAGGCCGAGACGGAGGCGGAAAAGGCAUCUCUCAAUGACCUUUCUGCGGAAGACGAUGAGGUUUCAGUUGAACAGCCGGCAACAAACGGCAACGGAGUGAAGGAUGUGAAGCCUGUGAAUGGCGCGCAGGUGACUGUCAGCCAGGUAGCCCCUCUCUGA